AUGGGAGACAGGCUCUGCAUUGCUGUGGCUUUGGCACUAGCUCCAUUUCUCAGUCAUAGAAGGAAGCAUAUAGGAAGUGUCAUCCUCACUGGGGUACAGCUUUUGGACACCUGGUGUUCCCACCGACUCGAGUUUCCCCACUCACGCCCUCUCAGCCCGGGGCUCCCCUGCCAGGCCAAUGUUCCACCCCCACCCCACCCCCCGCCUCGCGUCCCCUCGGCCUUGCGUUCCCCUCAGCCUGGCGUUCCCCUGGCCUCGCGUCUCAUCAGUGCGGCAUUUCCCCGGCUCCGGGUCCCCCUCAGCACCGUUUCCCGUCGGCACGGCGUUUCCUCCGCCCCGCGUCCCUUCAGUCCAGUGUUCCCCCGCCUCCGGUCCCCUCGGCCCGGCGUUCCCCCCACCUCCCGUUCCCUCGGCCCAGCGUUCCCCCGCAGCUCCGCGUUCCCCGACUCACCCCGCCGCCCCCGCAACCCUGCGUUCCCCUGCGCGCUCCCCGCCCCGGCCCCGCCCCCCACCGGCCGCCAUGUGACGGGAAGCAGCUGA